GUCACUGGCUGGCACACUCGCCGCAGGCAGCGCAACCGUUUGAGAAAAAUCAAUUGCGAUCUUCCCGCCUCUGUCGGUUUCUAUAGCAACGCGUAAACAGUGGGGAGACGUCGCGACGGACGGUACACUUUUCGCAUAUUUAUCUCAGACGCGUUUUGUGGAAAUAUUUUUUUGAUUUGGUAAUAAUUGUGAAUUAUGGCGGAAGAAGGAGCAGCAGCGGCCCCUGGAGGGGCUACUGAGAAAGUUGUUCACACCUACCCUCUUAUACGACACUCAGACAUGUCAGAAGAGAUGCGGACGGAGGCAAUGGAGUUGUCUGUGACGGCUUGCGAGAAAUUUGCUCAGAACAACGAGUUAGCAGCGCGCAUGGUGAAGGAGUCUAUGGAUAAGAAGUUCGGACCCGCCUUCCACGUGGUGGUGGGAGAGAGCUACGGCUUCGAGAUCACUUACGAGUGUACCACAAUAUGCUACAUGUAUUUUGGCGGGAACCAGGCUGUUUGCAUAUGGAAAUGUUCGUGAGGAGACGAUUGAGUAACAAUAGUGAGAUGAACAUUGUGAUUUUAGUGAUAGAACUAAAUGGACUUAAACCUGUGCUGUGUGCUUGAAUGUUGAAGCGAACUCAAGAUAAUGCACUAAUUUUAAACUUAGAAUUAUAUUUAUGUCUAUUAAAUCAGUUUAUCUGCUCGAAA